GUCUGGGUCUUGCCGGUCCGGAGGCGACGGCGCGGCUGCUGCUGUUCUGAAGCCCCGGGUGCGCGGCGCGGCGGAGCCUGACCUCACCCCCCACGGCACCUCCCGAGGAGAGGGUGCCCUGCCGGUUCCGGGCCCUCUGAAAUCACGUCGUGGUCCUGAUGGCUGGGUCCGUGGCCAUGAACCCGGUCGUCCUGGUGCACGGUGGGGCGAGCAGCGAGAUCCCCCAGGACCUGGAGGAGCGGCUGCGCCAGGGCGUCGUCCGCGCCGCCACCGCGGGUUACAAAGUCCUGAAGGAGGGCGGGAGAGCGCUGGACGCCGUGGAGGCCGCGGUGACCAUCCUGGAAGAUGACCCCGAGUUCAACGCAGGUCACGGGGCCGUCCUGAACGCGGAAGGCACGGUGGAGAUGGACGCCAGCAUCAUGGACGGGAGAGACCUGUCUUCGGGGGCCGUGUGUGCCGCCCGGUGCAUCGCCAACCCCAUUCAGCUCGCGCGGCUUGUGAUGGAAAAGACUCCUCACUGCCUCCUGACUAGCCACGGUGCAGCGAAGUUUGCGUGUGCCAUGGGGGUCCCUGUAAUUCCUGGGGAGCAGCUGAUCACCGAGAGAAACAGACAAGACCUUGAGAAGGAGAAGCAGAAGACAGAUGCUGAGACACCAAGCCCACAGAAAAACCAGGGAACCGUGGGUGCCGUGGCCUUGGACUCCAACGGAGACGUGGCUUACGCAACCUCUACCGGGGGCCUCAUGAAUAAAAUGGUCGGCCGAGUUGGGGACUCCCCCUGCGUAGGCUCCGGAGGCUAUGCGGACAGCGCGAUGGGUGCCGUCUCCAGCACCGGGCACGGGGAGAGCAUCCUGAAGGUGAACCUGGCCAGGCUCAUCCUCUUCCACGUCCAGCAGGGAAAGGCGGUGGGAGAGGCUGCUGACACGGCGCUGGGCUAUAUGAAGUCCAAGGUCAAAGGGGAGGGUGGAGUCAUCGUGGUCAGCAACGCAGGAGACUGGGCGGCGAAGUGGACCACGGAGUCCAUGCCCUGGGCGGCCGCCCAGGACGGCAAGGUGCACUUCGGCCUCCACCGCGACGAAGCCCGCGUCUUCAGCCUGCCCUGAGCCCCGGGGCGGCGUCCAGGCCCCAGCCUGCAGGCGGGCAAAGGCCGGUGGCCGAGAGCUUAACCGCUAGAGCUAGAAAGGGAAGCUUUUGCGUCUGCUGCUCACCUGUCGCCUUGAUCGGCAGGGAUCUGAGUGCCCGGGAGGGUGGACCCCAAAGGGAUGAGAAAUGCCCACCGCGAGCCAGGGUAGGGCGGAGAUCGGACUCCCGAGCCCGACUGGAAUAGCUUAGAGAGAAGGCGCUGCCCAGGGUAGAGAGGCCUUUGGAACUGGGAGCCCACACUGCAGAGCACCCCACCCGGGCCUUCACGAGGGGCGAGGUGGGAGGAGUCCGCCGUGGUACCUGAGCCCGGCAGGGUGGUCAGUGCAGUGUAUUCCUCACCCUCUCUCUUCGCCCGUGAGCGGUCUUUCCGCUGUGACCCAUCUGCCAGGCUCCCUUUUCCCUGGAAAGAAACUGCUUAGCUUGACAUUCCAUGUGCCGCGAAUAAAGCAUUUUGAAAGAACAA